UAAAAAGUAUUGGUUUGUAAGAGCUCAUCACUGAACUUCUACUCCAGCAUCGUCUUUAACUACAACCAUGAGUCUCACCGCUAAGGACAAGAAAAUGGUCAAGGCCUUCUGGGCUAAGGUGGCCGGUAAGGCUGAGGACAUCGGCUGCGAUGCUCUGUCUAGGACGCUGGUUGUGUACCCCCAGACCAAGACCUACUUCUCCCACUGGAAGGACCUGAGCCCCGGCUCUGCCCCAGUCAGGAAGCACGGUGGGACCAUCAUGGGAGGCAUCAGUUUAGCCGUGGCCAGCAUCGACGACAUCAGCGCAGGUCUCCUCGCCCUCAGCGAGCUGCAUGCCUUCAAGCUGCGUGUCGAUCCCGCCAACUUCAAGAUCCUGUCCCACAACAUCUUGGUGGUGCUGGCUAUCUUGUUCCCCAAUGAUUUCAACCCCGAAGCUCAUGUGGCCAUGGACAAGUUCCUGGCAGCGGUGGGCCGGGCUCUGUCUGAGAAGUACCGAUAAGAUGUGGACAGAAGGCAUCAGACCAGACGGAUUGCAGCAUUGAUCAGCACUGUGCUCAGCUCUGUAUUGUUGUAAAAUAUAAUUAAAUGUUAAAUCGCACAUAA